ACAUACAGUACGCAGCUACGGAAGCCUUUUUACAACUAGCUUCCUAAAAAAGAAAUGGCCAGCUGGGGAAGGGUCGCCGCCGUGUUGAGGAAUGUUUUGAGGAGUCCUCGGUCUCUGAAAACGUUAGCACUGCGCCGUGCUGUCGGACCUGGUAUUUUAGGGUCUGUUAUCGGAUCUGGGCUUAUCUGUUAUUACCAAUAUCAUACCUACAACAGGACUCUGCCCUUCGCCGUUCAUGCUGAGGUACCAGAAGAAGCUCCAGCAACCCGACUGUCUGCCAGGAAGAUGCGGUUUAUCCAGUUCGCCUCCGUGGUCUAUGAACAGGAGCCCUACAUGAGCCCGCGAGACUUCCUGUUCUCUGUGAUGCUGGAAAAUGUUGACCGAAAGCUGCAAAAGAGAAUUUUAACAACAAAAGAAGUUAACCAAAUGAUGGGGGCUGCCUCUAAAGCCCAGGCUGGUAGUAAGCUGUUCAGAACCAUAGGAGACAAUGGUUUGAUAUCCUACACAGAGUAUCUGUUCCUGCUGACUAUCCUGACAAAGCCGCGUACAGGAUUUCAUAUAGCUUUCAAGAUGCUGGAUGUAGACGGCAAUGAGCAGGUGGACCAAAAAGAAUUUCUCAAGCUGAAGAAAAUCAUUGCAACAAGUAAAAAGAUAGCUCCCCAGGACAGCACAGAGAAACCAGUGGAAGAAGGGAAAAGUGUGAACACAACUCUGCAGGCCUACUUCUUUGGGGACAGAGGAGAAAACAAGCUGCAGUAUCAGGAGUUCUGCAGGUUCAUGGAGGACCUGCAGGCUGAAGUCCAGGAGAUGGAGUUCCUGCAGUUCUCCAAAGGGAUGGACACCAUGCGUAGAGAGGACUUUGCAGAGUGGCUGCUACACUACACCAACGAAGAAGACAACGAGAUCUACUGGGAACACAUGAGGAAGAGGAUCCCCACCGGCCAGAGUAUCACGUUCGAUGAGUUCAAGGCCUUCUGUCUCUUCACCAACAACCUGGAGGAUUUUGCUUUUUCACUGAAAAUGCUCACCGGAGCCAACCGUCCUGUUGGAAUGGCCCACUUCAAACGAGCUGUGAUGAUCGCCACAGGCCACAAUCUGUCUGACAAUGUGCUGGACACCGUGUUUAAACUGUUUGACAUGGACGGGGACAACUGCCUGAGCCAUAAGGAAUUCAUGGGUGUGAUGAAAGACAGAGUACUGCGAGGCCUGAGGGUGCAGCAUCACAACGGCUUCUCUGGCUACUGGAAAUGUGUGAAGCAAGAGACCCUGAAAGGAGCUAAGGAGGCCCUGGGGGAGACCGCGUCCCCCAUCUGAACCACCGUCAUGUUCCAGGACCCGUCUGUCAGACGAUGACUCAUACCACUGCUCACCUUGGUAUUGUAUAAUCCAAACAAGUGGUGCGAACACAAUUAUAAAUGUAACCACUUCAAGAAACUAAAGGAUUUACACCACUA